AUGGGAAGUCUGGAAAAUUCAGAUUUUGAGGAGUUCCCUCCCCCUCCACCUGAAGUUUUUGAAAAUGAAUUAAAAUAUCAUACCUUUGCUGUCGAAGAUGAAGAAGAAGAUGAGGGGGAAAAAUUUGAGUUUGAUAGUGGAGAUGAUGCUCCAGAAGCUGAUAGAACACAACCCACUCAAACAGCUGGGGGUGAUCUCAUUGACCUGGACUUUAAACUCCCAGAUCCUCCUGAAUUGGAUCAGCCAGACAGUGACAAUGUUUUAUGUCAAGAUCUGCAAGCAGAAAACGAUUUGAACACAGCCCCAAGAAAGGUCAACCCUUACUCUGUGAUUGACAUUGCACCCUUUCAACCCUUUCAAGAAGGUGAUUCUGCUACAUCUCAAGAGCCUGAAUCAGUGGAUGGCAAUACAAGUCCUCGAGUGCCAUGUGGUUAUUCAGUUCCUGUGCCAUGUGGGUAUGCUGUGCCAAGCAACCUGCCUUUGCUGCUUCCUGCAUACUCCACUCCAGUCAUUAUUCGUAACAUAUCCAUAGAUGAACAAGGGGUUCAGGAGGAAGUGCCUAAUCCUCACUUUCAUGUUUUGACUGACAACCAUCAUUCAAGUGAGGACUUUCAGGCAUCAAAAGAAGAGGAUGUAUUGGCCAAGUGGGUUUCAGAUCCAGCAAACACAGAAUGGAUGGAAAAUCCUGAUGAAGUUAUUUAUGAUGAUGUACCUAGAGAAAAUUCAGACUCUGCAACAGAUCCUGAGGAAAUGAUUUAUGAUGAUGUGGAAAAUGGUGAAGAAGGCAGAACCAGCUCUUUGGAUUAUGGCUGGAGUUCUAGUGAGUUUGAAAGCUAUGAAGAUCAAAGUGAUUCUGAGUCAAAGCAUGGAGUUCCCAUUUCCUUCCUCCGAGGAGGCAGUAAAAGACAUCUUUCUCAGGACUUAACACGUAUAAAACAACACUACGAAAGAAAGAUGAAAGAUUUGGUGGCAAACAAAGUGGGAGGAGUAGAGAUCCAACAUUUAAAACAUAAACAUGAACUCAAGAUGCAGAGGCUUAUGAAGGCUGCAAAGGAGGGUACGAAAGAUGGACUUGAAAAAACAAAGGGCUGCUGUGAAGAAGGGUCGUUCCUACAUCAGAACAAAAUCCUUUGUUUUGCAUGAUCGUAAAUCUGCCUGCCUUGAAGAUGAAGAUUUGAAUGUGUUCAUAGAUGUGGACUGUGUACAUGCAGAGGCAGUUAUGUCUCCUAUGCCAGAAGGAUUAAGUCAGCAGCAGGUUGUGCGAAGGUAUAUUCUUGGUUCAAUAGUGGAAAGCGAGAAGAACUAUGUCGACUCCUUGAAGAGAAUUCUUGAGCAAUAUGAGAAGCCUCUCUGUGACAUGGAGCCAAAGCUAUUAAGUGAGAGAAAGCUGAAAAUAGUAUUUUACCGGAUAAAGGAAAUUCUACAGUGCCACUCGCUUUUCCAAAUUGCUCUCGCCAGCCGGGUGUCUGAGUGGGAUUCAACAGAAAUGAUUGGAGAUGUCUUUGUAGCAUCAUUUUCAAAAUCCAUGGUACUUGAUGCAUAUAGUGAAUAUGUGAAUAAUUUUAGCACAGCUGUUGGAGUUCUCAGGAAAUCUUGCGCUACUAAACCAACCUUUCUGGAAUUUUUAAAGGUAAACCAGGAUUCCAGCCCUGACCGCAUUACUCUCUACGGUUUGAUGAUGAAGCCAAUCCAGCGCUUUCCCCAGUUUAUCCUUUUGUUACAGGAUAUGUUGAAAAAUACGGUAAAGGGUCACCCUGACCGGCUUCCUCUACAGAUGGCUCUUACAGAGCUAGAAACAUUAGCAGACAAACUCAAUGAAAGGAAGCGGGAUGCAGAUCAGCGCUGUGAAAUUAAACAUAUUGCCAAAGCAAUAAAUGAAAGGUAUCUGAAUAAGCUCCUUAGCAAUGGGAAUCGAUAUCUCAUUCGUUCAGAUGAUAUGGUAGAAACCGUGUACAACGAGAGGGGUGAAAUCCUGAAAACCAAGCAGAGGCGUCUCUUCAUGCUCAAUGAUGUGCUGAUGUGUGCCACUGCUAGUAACAGAUCUUCCAAUGAAGGUAGUAACAUGGUAACAGAAAGCCAGAAAUACUUACUAAAAUGGAGUGUGCCUCUUGGUCACGUAGAGGUUAUUGAAUAUGGGGAAAGUGAGGAGCAAGGAAAUCAGUCUCGAUUUUCUUCCAUACAUGCAUCUGGGUCAUUUGUGCCAAACCAAGUAAGUGUACAUAAUAAAUUAUACAUGGGGCCUGGGCAGCUUUAUCAUGACUUACAGAAUCUGCUACAUGAUUUGGAUGUUGUCAAUCAAAUUUCACAAUUAAUAUUGCAGCUAAAAGGAAACUAUCAGAACUUGAACCAGGUUGUAGCUCAGGAUUGGUCUUCAGGUUUACAAAAGCUGAUCUUGAAAAAAGAGAAUGAAAUUCGAGCGGCAGACCGCUGUAGAAUUCAGCUCCGGCUUCCUGGCAAACAUGACAAAUCAGGACGGCCAACUUUCUUCACAGCAGUGUUUAAUACUUUUACCCCUGCUGCAAAGCAGUCAUGGAUCAAUAACUUGCAGAUGGCUAAACUUGCACUUGGUAAGUUGCACAGCCUUACAUGGUUAAAGAUAUCUACUGUAUAUGAUUUAAAGAUAUUUAUAGACCCAGGUAUGGACGUGAUGUUCUAUGACCCAAUUAGCAUUUCCCUGAUUUAUUUUCAGAUUGAAUGUGCUGUCUAUAACCCUGAACAUUAUCUCAGUAGUGAAAAUGAUCCAGAUACACUUUCCAUGCAUCAUGGGUUUUUGUGGAUUGGCAGCUGCACUAAUCAGAUGGGUCAGAUUGCUGUUGUUUCACUUCACAACCGUAGCCCGAAGGUGAUAGAGUGUUUCAAUGUAGAAUCACGCAUACUCUGCAUGGUCUGUGUCCCUGAGGAAGAAAGGCACAAACAAUUAAGUGAUGUCCCAGAUUCCGAAUGUGGUUCUUCUUCGCGAGCACCAGAUGUGCCCACGAUUUGCCUGGGCAUGGAAGAAGGAAGCAUAUGUGUCUACAAAAGUAGCCAAGGAUCGAAAAAAGUUCGUCUGCAGCACUUUUUCACUCCAGAGAAAUCUACAGUCAUGAGUCUUGCCAGCGCAUCUCACACUUUAUAUGCAGGUCUUGUAAAUGGAAGUCUUGCAACCUACUCAAAGAUGGAAGAUGGGUCUUGGAAUGUGGAUUCUCCAAAGCUGAUUAAAUUAGGAGUUUUACCUGUUCGGAGUUUAUUGGUAAUGGAAGGAACUAUAUGGGCUGCAUCUGGAGGACAAAUAUUCAUAAUUGGCAGAGAAACGUAUAAUACUGAACACCAGUUUGAAGCUCAUCAAGAGGAAGGCAUGGUGAUUUCUCACAUGGCGGUGGCCGGAGUGGGAAUCUGGAUUGCCUUUACAUCUGGCUCCACAUUGCGUCUGUUCCACACAGAGACAUUUGAACAUCUGCAAGAUAUUAACAUAGCAACUCCAGUUCACAACAUGUUGUCAGGGCAACAGCAUGUGUCAGUGACCAGUUUGCUUGUUUGCCAUGGUCUACUAAUGGUCGGUACGAACCUCGGUGUUAUUGUAGCAUUCCCAGUCCCCCGCCUGCAAGGAAUUCCAAAAGUAACCGGACGAGGAAUGGUGUCUUACCAUGCACACCACGGUGCAGUCAAAUUCCUUGUCAUGGCAACUGCUGUGAACAAAAGACAUAAGCGGACACCAAGCAGAUGUAGUCAAACUUCAAAUAUGGAACUAAAACCAGAGGACGCUCGUGUUGCCCAUGUGCAGCAAAAUGAGGAGGGAAAUGCAGCUACUGCCAACAAUAGCAAUGACAGCGCCAUUUGGCUCGGUGGCUCCAUGGGGUCCAUUGCACAAAGAAGUGACUUGUCCUCUUCGUCAGGCUCUCUCACAUUGUCUCAUGGAUCAAAUUCGUGUGACAUUGGGAAGGAUGAUUGCACUCUUUAUGAUCUUUUAAGUGACCCCAGCAUGCCACCACAGCAUAGCAAAAGACGCGAGCUGGGAAGUUGAAGGCAGACUCUGUCUUGGUAAUCUCUGGUGGACAGGGUCACCGAAGAGUAAACAAGAAGCUCAAGCCACAGCGACAGGAAGAGCCGGUUUCUUCUGCUAUGGUUUGGCAGAUUCCACUGUUACACAUUUAA